AAACAUCCAUUCAUCGUUUCAAUGUAUGACUGCAUGCAGAAUAAUAAUCAAGUUUUUUUCAUUAUGGAGUAUAUACCUGGUGGUUCCUUGAAGGAGCAUUUGAUAAAAUGUGUAAUGUUCAAUGAGUUGGAGACUGCUUUUUAUUCAGGCUGUGCCUUGCUGGCUAUAAAUCACCUCCAUUCUUUAGAUAUUGCCCACAGAGAUAUAAAGCUAGAAAAUUUCAUUCUGGAUUGUUGUGGGUAUGCCAAAUUAGUUGAUUUUGACCUA